AGGUAUUUGAGUGAACAAAGCUUUAUGUUCUCAUUGUGUUUAAUAAACUGAACAACUUCUCGAUAUAUUGCAGGUAGAACAAACCAUUAAUUCAGAGUAUAUAGAGGAUGACAAUAACGACAAGGUCACCACCAAUGAAUAUGAAAUUGAUGUGAAGAAGAGAAAACACAAGGACACUGGUGCUCACACAAUUCGAAAGAAAGGUGCUCAUAAAAAAAAAGAAGCAGAAAGGUUGUGAUCGAUACGAAAAAUUAAGAUUAUCAAAUCUUUUUAAAUCAACAAAACCUUUAUAUUUCAUUUGCGUCUAAUGAACUUAACAACUUAUCGAUUUUUUUUGGAAGGACAGACCACUGAUUCAGAGGAGCUAAAGGAAGAGCAAAAUGACAAUGUGACAAAUAAGUAUGAGAGACAAAACAAGCAAAAAAAAGGACGAAAUGCUAGAAGAUUAAUUAAAAUUAAAGAUUCAGAUGACCAGAUAAAAAUUGGUCAUGCUCAUGAUGAUUCUGAUAUAGAAUCAAAGUUUUCAAAGAAUGAGGAACAAAGCAAUACUAGAGGAGACAUAGAUGCUGCAAAGAACAACAAUAUCAAUGAGAACAAGCAUAAAACUAAUGCAGAAGAAGUAAAGGAGGACAAUGAAGGUAUUAGCGGCAUAAGCAACUCUGAUGAAGGAUGCAAUCCAAGACCUACAGUGAAAAGAAAGGAGAGAAAUAUUAGUACCGAAAAGAACAAUGAGGAGGACAUCUUACCAGUGCACAAAACUGAACAUCCAAUUCUAUAUAGAUCACAAAGAAAUAGGAGAGCACCUGUAAAAUACAUGUAUUAGGUACAUAAUUAUUGUUCUGCAGAGAGAUGUCAGGAGGAAGUUUGGAAAAAUAUUCACGCACAUGCCACUACGCUAGAAGUAGAAAUUUUAUUAGUUCAUAUUAAUGAACAACACUAUUUGUACCUCCUUGAAAUACCAAUAGUAUAUUAACAGAGUUAUAAAUGCAUUCGUAGUUCUCACAAUACAGUAUGAAUAUUUCAUCAAGUAUUUA